AUGCGUGGAUCCUUUGUUGCGGCCUCUCUGGCACUCUAUUUCAACUGGUCUACUGCUUCAAGGCUGGAGCGUAGACAGAGCGAUAAUGAGACAUGGUCGGGUCCCCUAGCAGACGGCGGCAGUGCUUGGAAAUCCGCGUUUGCCAAAGCGAGGGAGGUAACAUCCCAAAUGACUAUCGAAGAGAAAGGCAAGAAGCUUUCUCGAAAUUUUGAUCGAAUACCAUAUAGUAUUUGUGCAGGGAACACAGGCUCAGUACCUCGCCUAAACAUUCCGGCCCUUUGCCUCCAAGAUGGCCCAGCGGGCGUGCGGCCUGCAGACUUUGCUUCUCAGUUCCCUGCCCAAGUCACUGUUGCGGCAACUUGGGAUCUCACAGGUGGUCCUCUAGGUCGAUCACCACUAGGCGGGCGAAACUGGGAAGGAUUUAGCGCCGACCCAUAUCUCUCAAGUGUUGGGUCUUACCUCAGCGUCAAGGGAUUCCAAGACAAGGGCGUUGUAGCGACGAGCAAACAUUACUCUGUGUACGAGCAAGAAACCAAACGGAACCCGAAUAGCCCAUCUAACACUGCUCAUGCACUACCUAUCUCGUCGGAUGUAGAUGAUGCCACAUUCCAUGAGACCUAUCUACCGUCAUUUGUCGAGGCCGUUCGUGCUGGGACCGGUGCUAUCAUGUGUUGUUAUAACCGCGUCAAUGGCACUUAUGGCUGCGAGGAUGACGUGACUCUUAACCAGGUCCUCAAGGGAGAGCUCGACUAUCAGGGCUAUGUCAUGUCUGACUGGUAUGCUCACUGGACAAACGAAGGCGCUGCGCUGGGUGGUAUGGACAUGACCAUGCCAGGCACCGGCUUCUGGGGGGCCGACCUUGUGGCACUGGUGAAGAACGGGACUGUGCCAACUGGGCGACUGGAUGACAUGGUGCAUCGUAUCCUGACACCGUACUAUGCGCUCGGACAAGACAAAGGCUUCCCUGCAGUCCAGUACAACACCAGUGGUAUCGGAAGCAACUCUUACUUAUCAACUAACCCCGGCAAUACAAACGUAAACGUCCAAGCAGAUCACUAUAAGAUCAUUCGCAAGAUUGGAGAAGACAGCGCGACACUGUUGAAGAACGUCCGCGCGAACGGAGGUGGGCUGCCCCUGAAGAGAUCGAAAUUCGUAGCGGUAUUUGGUCAGGAUGCAGGUGCAAACCCCGAUGGUCUACUUUCUUGCGGAAACAUCAACCACUGCCCUACCGAGCACCCAAAUAAUGGGACGGUUAGUGUUGGUGGUGGAUCUGGGGCCGCAUAUGCUCCAUACAUUAUUACGCCUCUUGAGGGUAUUCAAUCAAGAGCGAGAGCCAACUCUACUCAGGUAAACUGGAUGCUCGAUGACCUGAACUUGGAGGCUGCAAAGGCGAAUGCUGUCAUCGCAGACACAUCCAUCGUAUUCACUUAUUCGUACCAAACCGAAUUUGUCGAUAGAGACAAUCUUACACUAUGGAGCAAUGGCGACACUCUAGUGAAUACCGUCGCAGCAGAGUGUAAUAACACGAUAGUUGUGAUCCAUUCCGGUCAGCAAGUUCUGAUGGAAAGCUGGAUUGACAACCCAAAUGUAACGGCCGUUGUGUUUGCAUACUACCCCGGUCAGGAGACAGGCAAUGCCAUCGCCAGCAUCCUUUACGGGGAGGUCAACCCAUCAGGCAAGCUUCCAUUCACACUUGGAAAAUCACUCUCAGAUUAUCCGCCGAACGGUAUCUACUCAGAGGACGUCUCAGAUCCCCAUAUCGUGUUUGAGGAGGGAAACCUAAUCGAUUACCGCUGGUUUGAUGCGAAGAAUGUGACCCCACGCUUCGAGUUUGGAUUUGGACUAAGCUACACUACUUUCAGCUACAGUAAUAUCAAGUUACAAUCUACUCCUGGGAAACCGGCUGAUGGUGUCCAACUGACCAAGGAACCUUUUGACGGAAAAGCGACGUUAUAUGAUAUCGCAUACACCAUCACCGCUUCGAUUAAGAACACUGGAUCGGUCUACGGAUGCGAGGUUGCUCAGUUGUAUCUCUCCUACCCAGCAUCUCAAACUAAUCAGCCACUGCGUUCGCUGCGUGGGUUCGACAAACUCUGUUUGAAAAAGGGUGAAACCAAGACUGCGACAUUCAAAUUACGACAAAAAGAUCAUGCGGUGUGGGAUGUAGUGCGCCAGACAUGGACGAUCCCGAAAGGGGAGUUUGUUGUACAUGUAGGAUCAAGCAGUCGUGCUUUACCACUCAAGAAGAGCUUUACAGUGUGA